AUUAAAAUUAGAUUUCAAUCACGUAAAGUUGAAGCCCGAUCUUAAUGUUGACCUUCCGUUCCGUCGUCUCUCUAACCUACGAAUUUGUGCCUCGGUGUUAAGUUGGAUCAGAAUCCAGAAAGUUAUCGAGAAAUGGAAACUAUCAACCCUAACUCCGCUAUGCUCAGUAAUUUUGAGGUCCUGUCCCUCCUGCAGGAACUUAAUGCAGAACAAAAGAAGAGACGCGUUGCUCGCUUCAGUCCUCUUGCCACCAUUAUAUAUGAGGCUACUCGGUAUCUUGAAGAUACUCCUUGCAAGCACCAAUCUGCAGACCAGGUGCGCAAUUUUCUCACGGCUCUGAAGGAGUUCAAGCUUACGAAGGCUGAGAAACUGAUGCUGCUGAACAAUCCUCCAACCACAGCUUUAGAAGUCCAAGUGAUGGUUGAAGAGAGUGAGGAGAGAUUUUCAGAAGAUGAAGUAGAGAGGUUGCUGCAAAUUGUCCAAGAAACUCUAACUACUCCCUCUAAAGAUGAAGAUGAAGCAUCUGACAGUUAAUUGCAAUCAACUACAAACCAUCAUAGUGGUAUUUAAGUAUCUGUGAUAUUAGCAUUAAUGGGGAUUAAAUGUGCGAAUCAGGCUUAGCGUUAAGGAUAUUCAAAUCUUUUCUUAAAAUAAAUUGUAUUUCAUAAA